CUUUGGAGUGAUGGUCCAGUGUGUGGGUGUGUGUGUGUAUGUGUGUGUUAGGAUACCAGAGCUGUUUGGAAUGGCACUAUUUUCUUUGUCUUUCUUAUAUUUGCUGCUUUUGGACUUUAAGCUGGACUAUGGAGCCCCAGCUCCAGCCUCAGGCCCAGUGUUCCUGUCCGAUCAGGCAGCCGACAGCGUUCUGCGGAGACACAAACGCCAUAACACUGGUUUGUUUGAGGAGUGGCUGCAAGGUAACUUGGAGAGAGAGUGUAUAGAGGAAAUAUGUGACCUGGAAGAGGCCAGAGAGACCUUUGAGAAUGAUGAAAAGACAAUGGAGUUCUGGGCAGGAUAUGUAGAUGGCAAUCAGUGUAAAUCAAGCCCAUGUCUGAACCAGGGGUCAUGCCAAGACCACAUUGAGUACUACACCUGCUCAUGUCUAUCUGGCUUCACUGGCAGGAACUGUGAGAUUGUUAUAGCAAAAAGGUGUGAUGUGAACAACGGAGACUGUAUGCACUUCUGUGAAUCAAUGGCAACCUUUGGAGCAAAAUGCUCCUGUGCGACAGGAUACAGGCUGAUGCAGGACGGGGUUAACUGUGAACCAGAAGUUGAAUUUCCCUGUGGCAGAACCGCCCUGACAGCGGUAAGUGCAGUAUCCAGAAAGUCUCUGCUUGGCCGUGAGAAUGCAAGCCUGCUGAACACCACCUCACUGACCAGCAUCACCACCACUACAUCCCUUCCCUCAACUCCAGCCAGUACCACGGCGUCUUUUCCAGACAAAAACGACUCUGUAGGAAUCCACUUCCAAAAGAAAUUGCCCCUGUGGGUGUACAGGGACACUGAGGUUCCCAGUGUAGAGCCACCUAGAGCUAAUAAACGCAUUGUGGGUGGCAAGAUGGUAAUUCCAGGAGAGAUCCCAUGGCAGGUAGCCUUGAUAGAGCGUCCCAGUGGUCAGUUAUUCUGUGGGGGCUCCAUUCUCAGCAAACGCUGGGUUAUCACUGCUGCGCAUUGCACGGUGGAUGCAAAAAAAUCCUUCUUCAUCAGAGUGGGGGAGCAUAACAUCUACACCAACGAGGGCACAGAGCAGGAUCAUGAUGUGUUGGAGCAGCACAUACACCCACGCUACAACGCCACUGUAAGCUUGUACAACCAUGACAUUGCCCUGCUGUACCUCAAAAGACCUCUCACCUUCUCCUCAAAAGUCCGACCCAUCUGCAUAGGGCCCCAGGCUUUCACUGAGGCCCUAGUGAAGGAGUCUUCCCCGGCAACGGUCAGCGGCUGGGGCCGAAUACGCUUCAUUGGAUCAACGGCUAACACUUUGCAGAAGGUCGAGGUUCCCUUCACAGAUCGGACAGAGUGUAAGCACAGCAGCAGUGCCAUGAUCACUCCCUUCAUGUUUUGUGCAGGAUACUACAAUGAGGCCAAAGAUGCCUGUCAGGGGGACAGUGGAGGUCCUCACACAAACAGUAUUUAUGGCACGUGGUUCCUGACGGGCAUUGUGAGCUGGGGGGAAGAAUGUGCAAAAGAAGGGAAAUAUGGUGUGUACACCCGGGUGUCCCUUUAUUACCGCUGGAUAAACCAUGUUAUGGGAUUAACUAAAAACAGGUUGGCAUUUGAUGUGGAAGACCCUGACCCUUAAAUUUAAAGAUAAUAGAUUUUGAAAAAAUAUAACUGGUCUACAAAUGACCUGCAUGUGAAAUAAAGUAUCUUUUUAUGCUCUUUCAACUUCACAGGAUAUUUAAAAAUCGCAAGAUGUUUUGAAUUGUGUGUUGUUAAAGGAAUUUCACAUGCAAGCCAUGAAUCUGAUGGUGCAACACUUCAUAAGUAACUCUGCAACAGCCAAUGUGUCCAUAACUUGUCAGUGGCCUAUAAGCUAUAGGCUAUAGCUCCUGGAUGCCAUUGUACUGAAAGUGUGUGUGUGUGUAGUUAAGAAAGUGGUUAGAUAUGUAACAGACAGAUAUGUGAAAAUAAAAUACAUAAUGUGCCAUUUACAGAA